CAUUGCAGGAGUACGGAGUCCAGUGUUCUUUCUCUGAAUCGGUGUGUGUGUCUCUCUUCCCCUCUGUGGCUUUUACCACAUUGGAGCGCAGCACUAUCUUUCUUAUUGUGCAUGUUGGAGUGUCGGCAGCCUGCUUGUGUUGUGUGAGGAUGGGGGGAUGAUGAUUGUGGAAGGGAGGAAAGAAGUCUGAGGCAAGCGUGAUGCUGCGGUGCUGUUGAGCCAGCAUUUGACCCCGGGGCUGACUGCUGCAGGAUCUCCCACAGAGGGACUUUUCCAGCUUACCUCUUACAUCUCAGCCACCACUGGACAUUCUUAUUUUAGAAGGGGGGGACCAGCGAACCCCUCUUCACUCCACUUUCUCCAGCCCUUUUAUUUUCUACUGGACUGAUGGAGCUACAGAGGGCGACCAGUAUGCCUGGCCCCUUGUCCCCAGGGCAUCUCUCUCCAGGGGCCCUGUCUCCUUCUGGGCCUGGCCCCUCUCUAGCCACCAGCCCUGGCCCUGAUCCGGGCUACUCCGCCAAACAGGCUGCUUUCAACUACAACCAGCUGGAGGGCCGCUUUAAGCAGCUGCAAGAUGAGCGCGAGGCGGUGCAGAAGAAGACCUUCACCAAGUGGGUCAACUCCCACCUAGCCAGAGUGUCCUGCAGGAUCACUGACCUCUAUAUGGACCUGAGGGAUGGACGUAUGCUCAUCAAACUACUGGAGGUCCUCUCUGGGGAGAGACUGCCCAAGCCCACUAAGGGGCGCAUGCGUAUCCACUGCCUAGAGAACGUGGACAAGGCCCUGCAGUUCCUCAAGGAGCAGAGGGUCCAUCUGGAGAAUAUGGGCUCCCACGACAUUGUCGACGGCAACCACCGCCUCACCCUCGGCCUAAUCUGGACCAUCAUCCUCCGCUUCCAGAUCCAGGACAUCAGAGUGGAGACUGAGGACAACAAGGAGAAGAAGUCUGCUAAAGAUGCCCUGCUGCUGUGGUGCCAGAUGAAGACUGCAGGAUAUCCCAACGUGAACAUUCACAACUUCAGCACCAGCUGGAGAGAUGGCAUGGCUUUCAACGCCAUCCUCCACAAACAUAGACCUGACCUGAUAGACUUUGACAAGCUGAAGAAGUCCAACGCCCACCACAAUCUUCAGAAUGCCUUCAACCUGGCAGAGCAACACCUGGGCAUCCACAAGCUGCUGGAUGUAGAGGAUAUCAGCGUGGACCACCCGGAUGAGAAGUCCGUCAUCACCUAUGUUGUGACCUACUACCACUACUUCUCCAAAAUGAAGGCUCUGAAGGUGGAGGGAAAACGUAUUGGGAAGGUGCUGGACAAUGCCAUUGAGACAGAUAACAUGAUUCAGAAAUAUGAGAGUCUGGCCUCUGACCUUCUGGAAUGGAUUGAACAGACCAUAAUCAUCCUCAACAACCGCAAGUUUGCCAACUCCUUAGUGGGUGUGCAGCAACAGCUUCAGGCCUUCAACACCUACCGUACCGUGGAAAAGCCCCCCAAGUUCACAGAGAAGGGCAACCUGGAGGUUCUCCUCUUCACCAUUCAAAGUAAGAUGAGGGCCAACAAUCAGAAGGUCUACAUGCCACGGGAUGGCAAACUCAUCUCAGACAUCAACAAGGCCUGGGAGAGGCUGGAGAAGUCUGAGCAUGAGAGGGAGCUGGCGCUGAGGACGGAGCUGAUUCGUCAGGAGAAACUGGAGCAACUGGCCCGCCGCUUCGACCGCAAGGCUGCCAUGAGAGAGACCUGGCUGAGUGAAAACCAACGCCUCGUCUCGCAGGACAACUUUGGCUUCGACCUGCAGGCAGUGGAGGCUGCCACCAAAAAGCACGAGGCCAUUGAGACGGACAUCGGCGCCUACGAGGAGCGUGUGCAGGCUGUGCUCUCUGUGGCCAAGGAGCUGGAGGCGGAGAACUACCACGACAUCAAGCGCGUGACUGCGAGGAAGGACAAUGUGCUGCGUCUGUGGGAGUACCUGCUGGAGCUGCUGAAGGCCCGGCGCAUCCGGCUGGAGAUGAACCUGGGCCUGCAGAGGGUCUUUCAGGAGAUGCUCCACAUCAUGGACUGGAUGGACGAGAUGAAGAUGCUGCUGCUGUCCCAGGACUAUGGGAAACACCUGCUGGGAGUGGAGGACCUGCUGCAGAAGCAUGCUCUGGUGGAGGCUGAUAUCGCCAUCCAAGCCAACCGCGUCAAAGCCGUCAACAACAACGCUCAGAAGUUCGCCAUCGACGCAGAGGGCUACAAGCCCUGUGACCCCCAGGUGAUCCGAGACCGCAUGGCCCACAUGGAGUUCUGUUACGCAGAGCUGAGCCAGCUGGCCGCCGAUCGCUGCGCCCGCCUGGAGGAGUCCCGCCGCCUCUGGAAGUUCUUCUGGGAGAUGGCCGAGGAGGAGGGCUGGAUCCGGGAGAAGGAACAGAUCCUGUCCUCUGAGGACUGUGGCAAGGACCUGACUGGGGCCGUGCGCCUGCUGAGCCAGCAUCGCGCCUUCGAGGACGAGAUGAGCGGUCGCGCUGGCCACUUGCAGCAGACCAUCAAACAGGGAGAGGAGCUGGUGGCCGCCGACCACUUCGGAGCCGACAAGAUCCGCAAACGCAUCCAAGACAUCCAGGCGCAGUGGGCGGCCCUGGAGGGGCUGUCUGCAGUCAGGAAGGCCCGGUUGGAGGAGGCCUGCAACCUGCACCAGUUCCAGGCUGACGCCGAUGACAUCGACGCCUGGAUGCUGGAUGUUCUCCGCAUCGUGUCCAGUGCUGACGUUGGCCAUGACGAGUUCUCCACCCAGGCCCUGGUCAAGAAGCACAAGGACGUGGCUGAGGAGAUCACCAGCUACCGACCAGUCAUCGACGCUCUGCACGAGCAGUCCAAAACCCUACCCAAGGAGCAAACUGGCUCAGAGGAGGUGCAGGGGCGCCUGGCAGGCAUUGAAGAGCGCUACAAGGAGGUGGCUGAGCUGACCCGGCUGAGGAAACAGGCCCUGCAGGAUGCCCUGGCCCUCUAUAAGAUGUUCAACGAGGCGGCCGCCUGUGAGGUGUGGAUCGAUGAGAAGGAGCAGUGGCUCAACAGUAUGGAGAUACCAGAGAAACUGGAAGAUCUGGAAGUGGUUCAGCACAGGUUUGAGAGUCUGGAGCCAGAGAUGAACAACCAAGCAUCCCGCGUUGCCGUGGUGAACCAGAUUGCUAGGCAACUCAUCCACAACGGUCACCCGAGUGAGAAGGAGAUCAAAGCCCAACAGGACAAACUCAACACCAGAUGGAGCCAGUUCCGUGACCUAGUUGACCUGAAGAAAGACUCCCUCAACUCAGCUCUGGGCGUGCAGAACUACCACCUGGAGUGCAAUGAAACCAAGUCGUGGAUCCGUGAGAAGACCAAGGUUAUCGAGUCCACCCAGGAGCUGGGCAACGAUCUUGCCGGGGUUAUGGCCCUACAGCGCAAACUCACCGGCAUGGAGCGUGACUUGGCUGCCAUCGAGGACAAGCUGGGAGAACUGGGGAAGGAGGGGGAGUGCCUGGCGACUGAGCACCCUGACCAGGCCCAGGGCAUCAUGGGUCGUCUGGGGGAGAUCACAGGGGUGUGGGAUGAGAUGAAGGGCACCUUGAAGAAUCGCGAGGAGUCUCUUGGCGAGGCCAGCAAGCUGCAGCAGUUCUUCCGGGAGCUGGAUGACUUCCAAUCAUGGCUGUCCAAGACCCAGACGGCCAUCGCCUCAGAUGACAUGCCCAACACACUGACGGAGGCAGAGAAGCUUCUGGCGCAGCAUGAGGGCAUCAAGAACGAGAUCCGCAACUACGAGGAGGACUACCAGAAGAUGAGGGACAUGGGCGAGAUGGUGACCCAGGGCCAGACGGACGCCCAGUACAUGUUCCUGAGGCAGAGGCUGCAGGCCCUCGACACGGGCUGGAAUGAGCUGCACAAGAUGUGGGAGAACCGUCAGAACCUACUGUCCCAGUCCCAUGCCCACCAGCUGUUCCUCAGGGACACCAAGCAGGCUGAGGCCUUCCUCAACAACCAGGAGUAUGUGCUGGCCCAUACAGAGAUGCCCAGGACUCUGGAGGGGGCGGAGGGAGCCAUUAAGAAGCAGGAGGACUUCAUGACCACCAUGGACGCCAACGAGGAGAAGAUCAAAGCUGUGGUGGACACCGGACGCAGGCUGGUCAGCGAUGGAAAUGUCAACGCUGACCGCAUCCAGGAGAAAGUGGACUCUAUCGAUGAGAGACAUAAGAAGAACCGCAUGAUGGCCAGUGAGCUUCUCUGUAAGCUGAAGGAUAACAGAGACCUGCAGAAGUUCCUCCAGGACUGCCAAGAGCUCUCCCUGUGGAUCAAUGAGAAGAUGCUCACAGCUCAGGACAUGUCGUACGACGAAGCCAGAAACCUCCACAGCAAAUGGCUCAAACACCAGGCUUUCAUGGCCGAGCUGCAGUCCAACAAGGAGUGGCUGGACAAGAUCGAGAAGGAUGGAAUGCAGCUGAUAGCUGAGAAGCCGGAGACCGAGUCCAUGGUGAAGGAAAAGCUGGCAGCGCUCCAUAAGAUGUGGGAUGACCUGGAGUCCACCACCCAGACCAAGGCCAAGUGUCUGUUUGAUGCCAACAAGGCCGAGCUGUUCACCCAGAGCUGUGCCGACCUGGACAAGUGGCUGGUAGGAGUGGAUGGACAGAUCCAGUCAGACGACUACGGCAAAGAUCUGACCAGUGUCAACAUCCUGCUCAAGAAACAACAGAUGCUGGAGAGCCAGGUGGAGGUGCGUCAGAAGGAGGUGGAGGAGCUGCAGAGCCAGGCCCAGGUCCUCAGCCAGGAGGGGAAGGAUACGGACGAGGUGGACGGCCAGCGCCGCAUUGUGGAGAAGAAGUUCCAGCAGCUGCUGGACCCUCUACGGAAGAGGAAGGGAAACCUCAUGGCCUCCCGCGAGAUCCACCAGUUCAACAGAGACAUGGAGGAUGAGAUCCUCUGGGUUGAAGAGCGAAUGCCACUUGCAAUAUCAACAGACCACGGAAACAACCUGCAAACAGUCCAGUUACUCAUCAAGAAAAACCAGACCCUGCAGAAGGAGAUCCAGGGCCACCAGCCCCGUUGUGAUGACAUCUUUGAGCGGAGCUUGCAGGUCCUCAAGGAUGAUGACGACAGCCUCAGCGGCGAGGAGAUCAACCAGCGGGUGGCCGACCUGCGGCGCCUGUGGGCCCAGAUUCUGGAGGAGACGGGCAAACGCCAUGGACGCCUGGAGGAGGCCCACAUGGCCCAACAGUACUACUUUGAUGCUGCUGAAGCCGAGGCCUGGAUGAGCGAGCAGGAGCUCUACAUGAUGUCAGAGGAGAAAGCCAAGGAUGAGCAGAGCUCUGUGGCCAUGUUGAAGAAGCACCAGAUACUGGAGCAGGCUGUGGAAGACUAUGCUGAAACUGUCCACCAGCUGUCCCAGACAAGUAGAGGCCUGACUGCCGCCGGACACCCUGAAAGUGAGCGGAUCGGCAUGCGUCAGUCCCAGGUGGAUAAGCUGUACGCAGGGCUCAAGGACCUGUCGGAGGAGAGGAGGGGGAAGCUGGACGAGAGGUUCCGUCUGUUCCAGCUCAACAGGGAGGUGGAUGACCUGGAGCAGUGGAUCGCUGAAAGGGAAGUAGUGGCUGGGUCACAUGAGCUGGGACAGGACUACGAACAUGUCACGAUGCUUCAGGAGCGUUUCCGUGAGUUUGCUCGCGACACGGGCAACAUCGGUCAGGAGCGUGUGGACACCGUCAACCAGUUGGCGGAUGAGCUCAUCAACUCAGGCCACACCGACGCGGCAACAAUCGCGGAGUGGAAGGAUGGGCUGAAUGAAGCGUGGGCCGACCUGCUGGAGCUAAUCGACACACGCACGCAGAUCCUGGCGGCUUCCUUUGAGCUGCAUAAGUUCUACCAUGAUGCCAAGGAGAUCCUCAACCGCAUCCUGGACAAACACAAGAAGCUGCCUGAGGAGCUGGGCCGAGACCAGAACACAGUGGAGACCCUGCAGAGGAUGCACACCACCUUUGAACACGACAUCCAGGCCCUGGGGACACAGGUGAAGACGUUGCAGGAGGAUGCUGUGCGUCUGCAGUCUGCCUACGCCGGAGACAAGGCAGAUGACAUCCAAAAGAGAGAGGGUGAGGUGCUGGAGGCCUGGAGGACCCUGCUGGAGGCCUGCGACGGCCGCAGGGUCAGACUGCUCGACACCGGCGACAAGUUCCGCUUCUUCAGCAUGGUGCGAGACCUCAUGCUCUGGAUGGAGGACGUCAUCCGCCUCAUCGAGGCUCAGGAGAAGCCCAGGGACGUGUCGUCCGUGGAGCUCCUGAUGAACAACCACCAAGGCAUCAAGGCUGAGAUCGACGCCCGCAACAACAGCUUCACCAACUGCAUCGAGCUGGGCAAGUCCCUGUUGGCAAGGAAACACUACGCAUUAGAGGAGAUCAAAGAGAAGUUACUACAGUUGACAGACAAAAGGAAAGACAUGAUUGACAAGUGGGAAGACAGAUGGGAGUGGCUAAGAUUGGUUCUGGAGGUGCACCAGUUUGGUAGGGAUGCGGGUGUGGCUGAGUCAUGGCUGCUGGGACAGGAGCCGUACUUGUCCAGCAGGGAGAUGGGGCAGAACGUGGACGAGGUGGAGAAACUCAUCAAGAGACACGAGGCCUUUGAGAAGUCCGCUGCCACCUGGGAGGAGCGCUUCUCAGCGCUGGAACGGCUGACUACGAUGGAAUUACUGGAAGUGAGAAGACAGCAAGAGGAGGAAGAGAGGAAGAGGAAUCCGCCACCUGCAGAGACCCAGACGGACGAUGCAUCGCCACAGCAGAGGGAGGGUGAGCAGGUGUCUCAGAACGGACUGCCAUCGGACCAGGACUCCCCUCGGCUCGACACUCCUCUCCUCCUGUCUCCAUCCCUGAUGAUAAUACUGUUUAUGUAUGUUGUUAUUUACAAACUUACCAUGUGGAACCUGAAUAACUGACAGACAAAGUGCACGACUUAAAUCGGUAACUCAGUAAUGCCAUUCAAUCAUAUUCUUUAGUCCUCUCAGGUUUCAAGUUGCACCAGAUCAAGUCAACCAGGUCUCUUGCAAAAUAGAUUUAUCUCAGUGACUUACCUGAAUAAAAAAAGGUUAAAUAAAAUUCAAGAAAUCAAAAGUAGUGAGUAGCUACUGUAUCUUUCCCAGAUGUCCAUCCAUUUCACAUCUUCACCCUCGUCCAGACCACCCAUACAUGAUGUCAUAACGCCAUCAUACAGUACCAUCUCAAAUACCAUUUCACUAUGUAUUAUUCACUUCACUAUGUGGAAGGGAUAUUCGUAUCACUUCACUGUGGUAAUUCUGUUUUUCGGUUUGUUCCAGUGGUAGCGAAUGUGUUCGUGUGUGUAGAGGGGUAUGCACCCAUUCCUAUCAGUCAUUCAUUGGUCCUCAGUAGUUCUAUGGUACCUGCUUUCAUGUUCUCAUGUCACGUCAUGUUACUAUAGCUCUGUCUAUCGGAUCUUCAUUUCCUCCCUGGUUGUGUUCCUGUUGGUCCAGCCUUGAAUCAUUUCUUCCUUGCACACACCACACUAACACACUUUCCCCAAUAAAACCUUGGUAGUCAAUCACUUACCAUGUUUGUUCUGUUUGUUGUCCGUGUACAGUGUUUUUGUCCUCAUGUCUUAUGUUGGUAUAUUGUUUUGCAUGUCGUCAUUGUUGUUAAUCACCUUCCACUUUCAGUGACAACUGUUAUUGUUGUAUAUUCUAUGGUUUUGUCCCGGGGUUGUUUUAUGCACAUUCAUGUGCAAUACUUUUUCAUUCCAUUUUUAAUUUCAUUGUCAUGUAGUUCUCAUUUAUCCAGUGGACGUCUGACAUUAAAUCUACAGUAUUUUAUCUCGGUGUAAAAAGGCACCCCUCCAAACUGGGAGGUCAAUGUUUGAGCAAUUCUAAGGUUAGUGUGUAUAGUGCUGCAUAAGGGUCAUUUCUAAGGUAACUACAGUUUACUAUCAAAAUUAUCCUCCAAUUCAAUCAAAGUUGAUCUGAGAGUAUUUAUGUAGAGGUGAGCAGUCUAGCUGGAUUAUUAUCAGUUUGGAGAACAUAUUUGAGAAAGAAUUUGGGUGCAGAUGUGACCAUUAAUAAUAUAAAAUCCCGAUAUGAGUGUCAGCCCAAGCUAAAACUAUUAUAGCUUUUACCCUGAACAUUUAACAAAGAGGUGAUGACAGAUAUCACUCCCAUGUUGCACCAAUCGAAGACCGCAAAACCUGGCAGCGAUGCAGUCCAACUCCAGUGUUGGUCCAGCCAAUGGCAGGAUCUCUGUAUAAGCAUCAAGGAUUUGUCCAUCGCCUGGCAAGCUCUCAGUAAAAGUAUCCAUGAUUGGUCCAGCCUUGAAGAGCUCAGUAAUGGGUAAUGAGGAUUGGUCCAGCCUUGAAGAGCUCAGUAAUGGGUAAUGAGGAUUGGUCCAGCCUUGAAGAGCUCAGUAAUGGGUAAUGAGGAUUGGUCCAGCCUUGAAGAGCUCAGUAAUGGGUAAUGAGUUGGAGUGGGUGUGUUGUGAAAUAAUAUUUUAACUGGCCAAUUUUUACCUUCCCCUUCACUUUACAAUAAUGAAACAAAUGUCAAUAAUGAGUUCAAACAAUGUGCUAAUUGUUUGGGAUUUUGGUUUGGUCUUUCCCUCCUUUUCACUCCCUUUCUAUCUCUUUAUUCAACAGUGUUUUGUGUGGGCGUGGCAAUGUGGUGGGCAUGUCUUAACCUCUGAUCUGUGCAUGUGUUUGAAAUGCUCUCUCUCGCUGUCUCAGCUGGACCCCGGUCCCACUAUAAUCAAUCCCAUAAUCCAACGCUCUUCUAGAUCAGUAGUGGCUCAGCUUUUCUCAGAAUCUAUAUAAAGGUUGACUGAGGAGGCUUACAGAUUUUUACUGCAUUUGCAAGCUUAUCCCUCUAACCAAGCUUAGAUUAUCGGCAUUUGAGUUUGUCAAACAGUGAGUCACUGCAGGUGAGAGUGAAUCGAAAACUGUUAGUGUAACCUCAUAUCAGACGGCUGUUCUUCUAGUCAGAUUUGGGCUCCCGAGUGGCGCAGUGGUCUAAGACUGCAUCUCAGUGCAAGAGGUGACACUGUAGCACCUGGCUUGAAUCCAGGCUGGAUCACAUCCGACUGUGAUUGGGAGUUCCACAGGGCGGCGCACAAUUGGCCCAGCGUCGUCCGGGUUUGGCCGGGGUAGACAGUCAUUGUAACUGACUUGCCUAGUUAAAUAAAGGUUCAAUAAAAAGUGUCAAAAAAAGAUGGAGGCAGAGGUUCAUUGUGAAUCAGUCAGAUUGAGUCAUUGGAGAGACGGGUUCGAGUAAAAGUCUCAAAUAGAGGGCACUUGAUGUCAGAGAGAAAGUUGGAGAGAUCCAGUGAGCGAGUUAGAGAACAGUCAGAGACGGAGAUGCAGUUAAAUACUAGAUUAGAGUUUCACCUCAGGCACUGAACUCUAAGAGCUGAGGAACUAUAUGGAGCUGUGGACCUAUAAGGAGCACAAACACAUCGGGGCAUUAUAGCCAGAGGUUGGGGAACAAAAGUUACACAUAGACAAAGUCUCAACACUGUGGGUGAUACAAAGAUUGAGACCUGAUGUGAGGAUGGCACAGUCACUCAGAGGUGACUCAGCUCUGGGGUUCUGUGUGUCAUUCAUCUUAUGAUGACUGGGCUAUAAUUGUGAAAUAGAGGCACACCACAUUGCCAGUUUGAGGCUGGUGUAAUGGCAUUGUUUUGGUUUAUACAGACACCUAUCCAAAGGCUCUUUUAUGAAGACAUUUUUCCUCAUCAAAUGGAAAUGUGGAGACUCAUUGUGAUGAACUAUUUAUUUCUCAUUUACAGUACAAUAGUUGUAGAGCAUACCGCUUUGAACUUAACUAUACUUGUCUUAAAGCCAUGUUGUCAUAUAGCAAUCAAAGGGAACAUACUGAAUGUUUCUACACUGCCUCUCAUCCUGCAUGAAGCUUUAUCCAACUCUGACUUCCAGCUCCACUGUGUGUUGUCUAGCCCCAGCCUUCUCUAAUACUUGUU